AGGGGGGACGGAGCACUUUGAGGAGGAUACGCGCGCUGCUCCCUGUGUGGAAAUUUAAUGUAGGAGAAGAAAGCCGACGGACAAAGCAGCAACCUCACCUUCCUGUGGUUUCAUUUGCCUCUUUCCAACAUGUGUACCCCGUGUUGUCUCUCUCAGCUGGCGUGCUGCUGCGGCUCGGCGGCCUGCUCCUGCUGCUGUAGCUGCUGUCCUAAGAUCAAACAGUCCACAGGGACCCGAAUUAUGUACGCCCUCUACUUCCUGCUGGUCACCAUCAUCUGUGCAAUCAUGAUGUCUCCCACUGUUGAGCAGGAGAUGAGAAACAAUAUCCCCUUCUACAGUGACCUGUGUGAAAAGCUGAAUGCAGGGGAGAACUGUAAGACUCUGGUUGGCUACUCUGCAGUUUACAAGGUGUGCUUCGGCAUGGCCUGCUUCUUCUUUUUCUUCUUCAUCUUCACCCUAAGAGUAAACAACAGCACUGGCUGUAGGGCGGCCAUACACAACGGGUUCUGGUUGCUGAAGUUCAUCGGGCUGGUGGCUUGCUGCGCUGCAGGCUUCUUCCUCCCAGAAGAGGAAACCUUUCUGGAAGUGUGGCGCUAUGUAGGAGCCGUAGGUGGGUUCAUCUUCCUACUGAUCCAGCUCAUGCUGCUGGUGGAGUUUGCCCACAGGUGGAACACAAACUGGAGCUCUGGAGUGAAGUAUAACCGUCUGUGGUACGCGGCUCUGGCGCUGGUGACUCUGGUGCUGUUCAGUGUGGCGGUGGGAGCCGUAGCCUUCAUGGGUCUGUUCUACACCCACCCCGAGGCCUGUCUGCUCAACAAGAUCUUCCUGGGCAUCAACGCCAGCCUCUGCCUCAUCGUUUCACUGCUGGCCAUCUCUCCAUUCAUACAGAAACUGCAGCCCACAUCAGGCCUGUUGCAGCCAGCAGUCAUCAGCGUGUACGUCAUGUACCUCACCUUCUCAGCCUUCUCCAGCAAGCCCAAAGAAAUGGUGGAGAAGGACGGGGUGAACAUGACAGUGUGUGUGUUUCCCUUCAACUCUGGGACGGAGAGCGACAAAAAGAUUGUCACAAUUGUGGGAACUAUCAUCCUGUUUGGCUGUGUCCUUUACUCAUGCUUGACGUCCACCACCAGGCGCAGCUCUGCAGCGCUGAGAGUGUGUAGGAACAGUGAGCCUGAGACUGAGCGAGCUCGCUGUUGUUUCUGUUUUGGAGAUGACACAGAUGACUAUGAUGAAGAGAAGACUGGUUCGGGGCAGAAUGUGGUGUAUGAUGAGAGAGAAGGAACCAUCUACAGCUACGCCUACUUCCAUUUUGUCUUCUUCCUGGGCUCACUUUAUGUCAUGAUGACUGUCACCAACUGGUUCCACUAUGAUGACCACAAGAUUGAGAAGCUGCUGGAGGGGAGCUGGUCAGUAUUUUGGAUCAAGAUGGCCUCCUGCUGGGUUUGUCUCAUCCUCUAUAUGUGGACCCUCAUCGCCCCCAUGGUCUGCCCCAAGCGCUUCGAGGCCUAGGACAAACACACACACACACACACACACAUACACACACCACUAGCCUAGGGGCAGGGUAAUCUGACUCUAGUGACGUGGCCAGAUAGGGGUUUUCAGGCUGAGCCAAGGGACCACCACCCCCUUUACCUUGAAACACACCCUUACACAACUCUCAGCUUUCAACGUGGAGGAUCAUCUGUUGCCAUUUUUUAUGAUAGUGUUUAUUUUACUUUUUUUUUUUUUUUUAAAUAAUGUUAAGCUAUUGAUGCCUCGAAGGCAGUCGUUGUCUUUUAUGUUUUACAUUGGCUCCUGGAGGUCCACAUGAUACCUGCAGGCUUGGAAUUACACAGAGAAUCAUGGGAGCGCAGUUGGAUAGUGAACUGGAGUAACAUGUUUCAUGUUGAUCUUAAAACACAAGGAGAGUCCACCCCUAUGGAUUCCUUAAUAAUUUCAGCUUUGCAUGUGUAUUUUAAAUAUAUGUCCUGUAUGUCUCAGUUGUUACAUGGAUGCUUCCCUGGCCCUUCUGCCCGGAAGGGUUGGGAUCUCAGUUCAUUUCUGUUGGACCAUAAAGUUGUACCAGAGGGGCAAAUUUAUUUCAGUUUACCAGAAGGAGGAAUUAUAUUUAUUUUCAGUCUGUGUUUUUUCAGUUAAUGAGAAAUGAUUUUUUGAGGAGGUGGGGAGUGAAUUGAACUAGAUUUGUCCCUGACUGGUAAAAUAAAAAAACAUCUCUCUCAGGCUCACAUAUCAGCUGUAUAAUGUUUUUGCUUGUUAUAUUGCACCCUUUUCUAAAAGUUUUCUAUGCAAUGGAACAAGCUCUUUUAGAUGUCAGACACACAUUCUUGUGAAACAUUCAGCUAGAUUAGAAUAAUGAUUGCAUUAAUGUCAGUGCUCCUUUUGAGCCACAUUUUAUUAGGAUAAUUAUGUCUUUUGUCAAGCAGUUUCAGCCUUUGUUGUACAGGGAAAUAAAUGCUCUCCAAAUCAACCUGCCUUACUUAACAGGAAUGUUAGAGGAGCGUUGCCUCUCUGGAAGAGCUGCGGUCAGACAGUUGAAAAAAAUGUUUGCCAAAGGUAGAUUCCAGAAAAUAAUACGGUGAUUCUUUUGGAUUAUGUACUGUACUACAGAGAGAAAGAUAACCCAAACAUCACCUAUCUGCAUGCAUACACAAACAUAGAUUAGCUGAUUUCUGUACAGGUAUAGAGGCUUUUUGCCUGGCUUUUGUUACAUGUCAGUAAAGGAUAGGGGUUGGAAUUAAGGGGCAGGGUGUGUGUAUUGUCUAUUCAACACUGGAUGUUGAGUUUACUGACAGAGUCCAAAAUUUACAGAAACUUCUUCAGCUGUUUAUUGCCUGAUGUGUAAUUGAAGUUAUUUUGUAUUGUAUAGAAUACAGUAUAUUGUACAUUGUCAUCUUAAAAUGCUUUCUGUAAUGUCUCUUGCUCAUCAACUAUAAAUCAAUAAUAUUCUCCUCUGAUGUCUAAUUGUAUUCCUAACAUAUGGACGUUUUAUAAUAAUAACUUAUGUGUACAUUUUGGCUACAUUUGUGUGAUCUGUGACAUUUUUAGUAUGAAUUAUUCUUUUUGUACCUGCAAAUUCUGUUUAGCUUCUUUUUUUCCCCCAAAAUGUUUCUGCGUUUUGAUUAUUUAUCUGAAUGCAGAAAUAGAAUGGUGCUCAGCAGCUUUGAUAUCAGACUAAAACUAUCUGAAAUCAAACGGCCAGACCUACAGUGAAGACUACACUGCCGUAACCUAAUUUACCACUGUUUGACCUGGAAUGUAUGUCUGGAAUACAGAGGUGUGGAACCAGUGUGUGUGUCUGUGUCUUACUGGGUACAGGUGGUCCAAAUUCAAUCAAUAAAACUGA